UAAAUCCAGUUUGGAAUAUUCCCUGGGUCAGCCAUGGUACACAGCCAGGCUUCUUUAGCAUCCAUCCCCUUGGGAAUUCUGGCUGUGCAGGUCUGACAGGGUUUAGAGGGAGAUGAGAGCCGAGAUGAGAGAUGAGCUCUGUGUGUGUGUCACAGCCUGACUGUGACUGUCACCGCAGCAGUGUGCACGGGGGCAGCUGCAGUGUCAGCCUGUGUUCCCUGGCUAUUCCCUGUCGCCUGCUUAGUCAUGCAGUCGCAGGAUUUCCCAACGUGUGCCUGCAGGAAUAUUGGAUGCAUAAGUAGAACGUUUUAAUCUCAGUUUUCAAAUGAAUUCAUGUAGCUACAGUGACUGUGUAGCAGAAUUCACAUCUGGCUUCCUGCAGCGCUCUGUAUCCUUGUGGGAAUAAUUUUCAUUUUAGUCAGGAGAGUCACCUGCCUGGAAGCCUGUUCUCAAAUCCAGGGUUUUUGCUAAGAAAACAGUCAGGUUUGGCAGAUUUAAAAAAAGAUGGAAAACUUUGAGACUCAGGUAGUACUAAAUGGGUUUGUACAGAGAAGACUCGCAUUGUACCUAAGAAUUUUAGUCUUAAUGCUUCAUGCUCCUUUUGGGACUGACUGCUUUCCCUUAAGGCUUUGUCAGUGUUUGGAGAGAGAAAUGUCGUUACUUAAAACCAAACCUUAUAAAAAUGCACUGAAUUUAAAUAUCUCUGACUGCCAAAUCCUUCAAGGAUUUUCCUGUGUCCCAUCUGUGCAGUUCCACUGUGCUCUGGUGGGGGAGAGCCCUUUGGAUGGAGCUUUGUGCUUGGAUUUUUUCCUGAGUUUCAUUUUUGUCCAUGCCAUUAUAAACCCAGGUGUUUGGUGCCUUAGCUGUUGUGUGGUUGCUGCCUUAAAUCUCAGAGGUGUGCAUAUGUUGUGAUGCAUUUAUUUUUAUAACAGCUUUUUAACUUAGCCAUUAAUAGUUUGUUUUCCUUUCACUUAAUUGCACAUUAUGGCACAAAUUACACAUGUAUUUUCUGAAAUUAUCUGCAGGGUCAGUAAGACGCUUUCAAUUUCUUUAUAAAUCAAAGUUCAGCUCUGUUGAAAAGCAGAGCAGUGCCCAGAGUCCUGGAUUUUGGUUGUCUAAACAAAGCCACAACUUCACUGUGAGCAUCCUUCCAGGUGUCAUUUUCUUGUGUCCCUUCUCCCAGGGACUGGCGUUCGCUCACAAUUUUAAAUCUAUUUUUUGUGAAGGAAAAAGAGACAAAAAUUUAUUCCAAAUCUAGAACUUCCCAUAUUUUGGGCAAGGCCUUGGUGACUGCUGAUUCCAGCUGUUCCUGCAGCUGAACAUUUGACAGAAGUUUCCUGGUGCAGCCCUGACUCUUGGAUAGGGACCAUGUUGGGAGGGUCUAGAAUUAGGUUUUUCAGCUCAGCUCUGUAUCACUGUGAAUUCUGUGGCAAGGUGAAUACUUGAUAGAUCUCCUAAGGAUGGGGUUUGGGAGGUACCUGGGUGUUCUCAGCAUGUAAAAAUGCCCUGAAUCUGUUAGACAGCAGUGCUGAACAGAGGAAGUGUGAAGGAGAAAUCCUGGGAAAAGGCUUAUCAAAGACCUUCACUGUAGAGGAAGGAAGCAGAGCUGCUGGGUGAGGGGUGUGCUCUGUCCAGGUGUGUUCUGAGGCAGGCCUGCUUCAGCUCUGUGAGCCUGAUUUUUAAAAUGAUAAGUAAUCAGCUGAAUGCCCAAUCUUCCAAGGAAACACGGCUCUUCCAGAGCAGCAGUGUGUGCUAACCCUGGCAGCACAGUAGUGGCUGAGGGGGAAAUUCCUAGAGGAUGGUUUCAAGUGUCUUUGGGUUUGAUUUAGCAUUCAAAAACCUGAGAUGUUCACCAUGAGGACUGCGAACAUGCAGCAGUCACCUUGAGAUCUGCUAAAGAAAGCCAAGGAGGUGCAGUUCAUGCUCUGAUGGUGACGUUUAUACGUGCAAGACAGCAGCUUGAUGGUUUACAACACAGUGUGAUGCCUCACAUCCGGGAUUCCAGUCAGGCUUUUCCAGCCAAAUGUUGCUUAUUCCCACCCUGCUAAUCAAGGAGCAGACAGUGAGUAAUGCAAAGCAAACUACGUGCUAGGAGAAAAAGGAUCAUUUGGUUCAGAAGGCUUGUUGCAGAAAUGGAGAUUGCAGGCUGGGAGGAAUCAGAGAGGUGGUGGAUGCCUCAUCCCUGGAAGUUUCCAAGGCCGGGUUGGAGCAACCUGAAUUAGUGGAAUGUGUUGCUGCCCAUGGCAGAGGUUGGAAUGAAAUGAGAUUUAAGGUCCCUUCCAACCCAAACCAUUCUGUGAUCAUCUGUAACAGCUGAAAGGACAUUGAGUUCCCAAAGGCCUAGUGUCACAGCAAGCACCAAAAAACGAGAUCAAAUGAACUGUACUUGGGAAUUUUAGUUUUUAAGGGAUUAACUUGCUCACAAGACAUUUCAGCCAGUUCUGUUAUCUUGCCAAAGCAUGUUUGGAGACCAGCCAUGAGCCAAAAGGAAACCACCUGUACAAGCUGUAAAUAAGUGUGGAGACCUCAGGCUAACAGCAUUUGUAAUGCUUUUUGCUCUAGCACAGCACCAGAAACAUCCGGCUCAGAUCCCUCAGGGGUGUUGCCAGGUGUACAAUUCCAAUGAAGUAUAUGUUUGGGAGAUCCUCUAAACAUGACUUUUCACAUGGCCCAACUUUGAAGCUGGCCUUUCAUGAAGCACUUGCUGAGCUUUAUGAGUAUCUUCUGUUGUGCUUAGAGCCAGCAAAUCACUGUCUUAGAAGCCUUUAUCCAAGGGAAAUACAAGCUGCUUUUAAAUAUUAGUGUCUUUCCUUGGGGGCAAUGUGAGGAGAGUUUUAAGGGAAGGUUUGCUGAGGUGAGGGCCUGGGAAGUGUCCUGGCUCAGCAGAGAGGGCUGAGCAGGUUCCCACAGCAGGCAGGGGCUGCUGUGAUUUAAGGUGUGAUUUAAUGACAGGAUUUAGGCAUUUUGUACUAUGAUGAAAGAGCCUACAACGCCUGUUUCAGCUCCCAAAGAAGAGAAGGAAGAGGAGGAAGUGUCCAGCGUGCUCAGCCAUGGCUCUCCCGUGGGCACAGCCCGGCCCAGCCGGAGCUGGCGCAGCAGCCGGACGGCAGCCACCGCUCGCCAGCGCGACUCGGAGAAUUCCCGUGCCUCCAGAUCCAAGGCUGGCUCGCUGCAGCUCAUCUGCAAGUCAGAGCCCAACGCCGACCAGCUGGAGUACGUGGUCACAGAAGAGCAUCAGCCUCCAGAUGGAGUCAGUGAUGAUGAUGAGGAGAUGCUCAUCAGUGAGGAAGAAGUUCCCUUCAAAGAUGAUCCCAGAGAUGAGACCUACAAGCCCCACUUAGAGAAGGAAGCACCAAAGCAAAGGAGAAAAGCUAGCAAGGGGAAGGAAGAAAAAGAAAGGCAGAAAGAGAUAAAAGUGGAAGUGAAAGAAGAGAAUGAGUUUCAGGAGGAUGAAGAGCCACCAAGGAAGAGGGGAAGGAGGAGAAAGGAUGACAAGAGCCCAAGGCUGCCCAAGAGAAGGAAGAAGCCUCCGAUCCAGUAUGUCCGCUGUGAGAUGGAAGGCUGCGGCACGGUCCUGGCUCACCCGCGGUACCUGCAGCAUCACAUAAAAUAUCAGCACUUACUGAAGAAAAAGUAUGUGUGUCCUCAUCCCUCCUGCGGUCGGCUCUUCCGGCUCCAGAAGCAGCUCCUGCGGCAUGCCAAACAUCACACAGAUCAAAGGGAUUACAUCUGCGAGUACUGCGCCCGGGCCUUCAAGAGCUCCCACAACUUGGCAGUGCACCGGAUGAUCCACACGGGCGAGAAGCCCUUGCAGUGUGAGAUCUGCGGGUUUACCUGCCGGCAGAAGGCUUCCCUCAACUGGCACAUGAAGAAGCAUGAUGCAGACUCCUUCUACCAGUUCUCCUGCAAUAUUUGUGGCAAGAAAUUUGAGAAGAAGGACAGCGUUGUGGCCCACAAAGCCAAGAGUCACCCCGAAGUGCUCAUUGCUGAAGCACUGGCUGCCAACGCGGGUGCCCUGAUCACCAGCACAGAUAUCCUGGGCACUAAUCCCGAGGCCAUCGUGCCACCCACAGAUGGCCAGGGCCUCCCGCUGCUCCCCGACCCCCUGGGCAGUGCUCCCCCAGCAGAUUGCCUGCUGCUGAGCCCAGAGGGGAUGCCAAAGCCCUACUGUGGCGGGGCAGAGCGUGUGAGCCUGGUGGCUGAUGGCAAGCUCUUCGUGGGCAGCGGCAGCAGCGCAAACCCAGAGGGGCUGGUCAUGAACACAGAGAUGCUGGAAGCCAGCACAGAGGUGCUCAUUGAAGAUUCAGACUCCACUGGACCCUAGUGGCAGGGGAGCACCUGGGUGCUGGGACAGUUGGGACUCUGUAUUUAAAAGGAAAAGGAAAAAAAAAAAAGGAGGAGGCACUUACUGAAAGAGAGGAAAGUUAAACAAAACUUACAAUACUAGUAAAUAACUGAAGGGUCUGCUCCCCUCCAGCGCGGAUCACAGCACAUCCUCUUUCUCCCAACCACUUCUCUCUCUCUCCCACGGCCCCUUUGUGGAAAGGGGCACGUGCUGCCAUUGCCAGAGCAAGUUGGAUUGAGCGGCGGAUUUCUCCAAGAGAGGGGGCGCUGCCGAAACCCUUCGCUCUACCCCAAAGCAGUUGCCUUUCUGGCUCCUUGGCGUGGCCCCACUGGCAAACUAAAAAGCAUUGGACAUGCUCUGGAGAAGUUCCUUAGGACUCCCUCUGCCCCUGGUCCCGACUUCUAUGCACCACUGCACUCUGGUCCUUGCAGUCUCCUCUUCCUUGCCGGGGCUGGGAGUUUGGCACUUUAGCCCCUCGGCAGGGUGAGCUGUGAAGCAGCAGUGCACGUCCCGCUCCCACCGCGCUCCCCUGCUCCAGCCCUGGCAGGAAGUGGAGAGAGGGAACGCCCUGGCUCGUAGAUCAUGUUUGCUUGGAGAGGCCCGGGGGCUACAGGAGCCCUGCGUGGGAGAGGCAAGGAGGAGCAUCCCAGUUUGACGACAGUAAUUUGCACUUUGAACAUGCUUCGUUUUUGUGUUGUGGUAACAAGAUUCCUUAUUUAUUGUUUAAAAAAGGGUCGGUAUUUUUUAGUUCUGUUCUUAGGGGGCGGGGGUGGAAGGGGUUCAGGCUGUUUCCCAGUAGGCUCCAGGGCAGGGAGCUCCAGUGCCAUCGUGCCAGCAGCUGGGAGAGCCGAGGUGAAGGCAGCGCUCUGGAGUCAGAUGUAUCUCGCAGCUUUUCCAGAGUAGAGGGAGAGCCCCUGGAGAAGAGCCUGUGUGCAGUGGGAGUCUCUGCAGCAGCGUGUUAGCAGGAGGAUGAGGUGAGUGAUGGGCUGUCUCUCUCUCCCUCCCUCCCAGCUCCGGGUGAGCUCCGUGCAUUAAAUGCCUGUUUUGCCUCCAGCCUUUCGGGGAAGGACGUUAUUAGCCAGGAACUUGUUCUUGUGACUGGGGACAGCUGUGAGCUACUUGCUGCUGGGGGAUGUGGUGCUCCUCAUCCAACUGCCUCUCCUUUCCAGGUCUAGAUAAAGACGCAGCAGGGACUGGAUAUGGUUUUCUCAGGCUUGUUUAUCCAAGGCAAUAGAUUGAUGUGGGACUAAGGGGCUGUCAGCAUUUCUCCCUGCCCUCAUUUUGGGGGGGAUUGUGUAGCCGUGUUCUGAAAGCUUCUCUUUUCUGCACAGACACUCCAGCUUUCCCUGAAACAUGGUGGGUCAGGUGUUGCCUGCUGGUGUAGUUAGAGCAGCUUUGAGCCCUUGGAAAAGUUUACAUAGGAUAAGAUGUGUCUGCUAUGGAGACUUGGAUUUUUUUUUUUGCUCUUCUCUGAAACUUUGUGUGGAGAUUCAGUGGCCUUGAAUUCGUAGCGGUUUUGGAAGAGGUGAAGAAUAACCUGUUUUUUUUGUUUGUUUGCUUGUUUUUUGGUUGGGUUUCUGGGGUUGGGAGCAGAGCUGAAGUGUCUUGUCUGAGCACAAGAUCAGCUGAGUUGGUCUGUAGCACACAGCAACUUGACGAAAUCGGGUACCUGGGGUCUGGAAAACCGCAAUAAAACAUGGAAUUUAAUUGGAUUAACAGGAAACUGACUCUGAACACCCACUCUGUCCCCUGUGAUGCCUGGAAAUCCAGCUGUGGCCCAAACAUGCUGGCUUUUCUCAGGCUGUUUGUCCUGGUUUGCCCCCUCCCUUCUCCCUCCCCCCUUACACUGAUACCUUUGUCAGAGCAAGUUGAAGCACUUCCUGGUGUUGGGGCGGAUCGAGGCUGAGCAGUUGGGUGUCCUCUGCCCUGGGUGUGGGCAUCCCACGUCCUCAUGCUGUGGCUCACGUGGGGGCCCAGCACACCUGGUGGCAGCUCUGUGGUGGAAUGGUGUUCAACUAAACCAGUUCCUUCGGUCUUCUUGGAUUGCUUUACUGUGGUUUCCAGCAGGAAACUUUCUGCGUGGCAGCUGGUCCCCCUUGCAGGCUGGUGAGGGGCAGCACACUGAGGCCAGCAGUUAGCCCAGCUCUGGUGGUUUCACUCUCGGCAGUGUGGGGCUUCUCUCUGGGGACACUUGGUGGCCCUCAGGGCAGGUUAGCUGUGUCCUUCUGUGCUGCUGGAGCUGUGUCUCUGCCAGCCCCUGUGCCUGUGGGAGGUGUGGGGUGGGCAGAGCCUUGCACAGAACACUAAAGGAGAGCUUGGGGGUUUGUUGGUCGAGGGAUGGCACUAAAAGACCUUUGGGCCAAGGGCUUGCUCACCUCGGGUGACUCAGCACUUGGCACCGGGCUGGGAGAGGCUUCUUUGUCCCACGUCUGCCCCCGUGGAGCAGGGUUUGCCCCUGGCUGCACUUGUGGGAUGCAAAAUCAAACAUUUCCUUUGCUUCCUGGUCUGGACACCUCUGAUCCCUGCCGCUCCCUGCCUUGUCCUUCCAUGACACCUCUUGUAGCUCUCCCUUUUCAUUUUCUGGCCGUGGCCAGGUGCCUGUCUGUCCUCUAACAACAGCCUGCUCGCCCCUGAUGCAGGAGACGUGUAGCUCCCUUCCCACGCCCCUCUGAAGCCCUAAAACUGACACAGCCCUUCUGCAGCUCCUCCUCCCCUCGAUGUCUCUCCUUCACUCGCAUGCAGUUUGCUUCAAUAAAUUAUUGUAGUAGUUUGCAAUAAACUUUUUUGUAUUUUUU